CCGCUGAACCCGCGCGCCGUACGGUUGGCUCGUGUGUGUUUGCACUUGACUCCGAUUCCGUCGCGUAACGUUCUUUUUUUACUCACCACUGCAGGACCACGCGUGUGAGGUUUUUCUAUUCGCCGGCUGUCCGUUCGUUCGUACCUGCGAAGGUGACCAGACACCGAGGUGAAACGGGACGAGGCUGCGCGCGUUCCAUAGGAGACCUCCUGACACACAGGACCAAAGCCCUACGGGGCUUGCGGAUUUUUUUUGUGUACCUCUCCAGAUUGUUUUCGUGCGCGGGAGUGACGUCAAGUUCUUCUGCAUGAUUUCGUACGAACCGUCUGCGUACGGUACGAAAGGCACCGAGACCGACGAGGAUGUAACCGUGACGGCUGCCCGUUCACGAGAAAUCGCAUCGAGGAUGUGCAGGAAAGAGCCAAAGUACACGGAAAGGGAAGUUUACACCUCGAGUAUCUCUUAUCGUCGCGCGCCGCCGCAGGAACAAUCGACAAAGAUCACUGCCGGAGUAAUGACGAGCUAGAAAGCGCACAUCGAUCCGUCCGCGCGCGUCCGUCCCCGUGAAAUCGCUCCAGCGAUCGAGAAAUCUCUUUUCCACCGCCGCUUCGAGAUCAAAGACUGACUAUAUCAAAGAGGGAAAGAUGUUGGGAGUGAGUCAACCGGGGAAUCCGCCCUCGAGCUUGCGACACUCGGCGAGCUUCUCUUGUCUGCAGCGCAGUACCGCGGGCGAGGGACAUCGGGCGAGGACCUCGACGCUGUUGCAACAGCCCAGCCUGCAGUUGAGCGGCAGUCACCAUCAGUACUCUGGUCAGACGUCGUUGUUACAACCGAACACCGGCACCGUUCAGCAUCGAGUGGAGGCCCUGGAGUCCAUCCAGGACAGCAACGAUUACGGUUUCGUGAAGGUCAGGCCGCGUCUACGAAGCACGAACGCUACCCUUUACCACGAAGAGGAGGUAGCCGCCCAGAAGAGCGCGUUAUGGGAUCGCGACGCCUCGGCGUUCAGCGACUGUGAGUGCGACACGAAUUUCCGCGACUGCUCGCUCAAAGUUAAGGACCACCGCGAGCACUCGCCGAAAGGCGCCUCGAAGAACCAGAAUCCCCUGAGGGGGGCCCUGAUACUUUUCACCUCGACCUCGUCGUGGUGGAAAGCCAGGCAACGGGAGGACCAGCUGAACGCCAGCUCCAACGACCGCGCUCUGACAACGACGACCACCGUGUCGUCGUCCGAGCGAAAGUGGUCCAGCACCUCGAUGGCCUCGCCCUCGAACGAAAGAAAGUGGCCGGCGGUGACCUCGCCCGCGAACGACCGGAAGUGGUCCGUGGGCAACAGCGCGCUCACGUCCCCAGCGAACGACAGGAAGUGGACCAGAUCCUCCGUCUCGUCCAACUCCACCAGACAGCUGGACAGGACGUGGCGGUCCCUGGGCGCCCUGCUCAGGGCUCCCACGGGCAACGGUUCGCACGCCGUGCACCACUCGAUGUCCCACAACAUGAGCGUUUCCAUGAUCGAGGCCGAUCAAGUCCGGGAGGAUACGCGCGGCUCGAGUUACAAGUCGUCGCGUUACAGCAGGGACAUUUACAGGGAAAACGGGGAGUUUGGUCAGACGGGACGUUCGAAGGUGAACCGAGUCAAGACGGUCAGGAUGUACCAGGACGGGGGGGAGUCGACGGAGAGGGACGUUGAAGAGAGACAUCUUCCUACUAUACAUCAGUUCGAGGACGAGUGCAUAGGGGUGCCGAAUCGCGAGGGUGUCUGCAAAACCGAGCAGCCCGCCGCCGAAACGCGCACAGCGUCUACGAGAUCCAGCAGAGCUCAGAGCUUCUACCUGCUGGACGAUUUUCUGCGACCCCAGCCGCAGCAGAACAAGUGCAUGUUGAACGUUUACCUGUCGCCGUCGCACUCAAAGACUGGGAAUGAUCACGUCAGAUCCGCCGAGGUGAAGCAGCACUCCCAGGGGAACGUCACAAACAUAACGCCGCCGAGACGUCAUAAUUCCAGCUCGGAUAGCCUCGAGGUCGCGACCAGUCCUCUUCCGCCACCUGUACCGCCCCCGCCGCCGCAGGUCACCACGCGGGACAGAGAACGGGGCGAGAAUUUCAAGGAAAAGGACGCGUGCCCGUGCAAAAUGUGCUGGACCAAUAUGCAGCAGAGAUCUUUCGUAGACGAGAGUCCUGGAACGCUGCACAAAGAUGUCGGUGGUGCUGGUACCAAGGUCAACGGAAAGACGGUCGGCGGUGUCGGUACCGCAACCCUCACCACGCUUUCCUCCAUUUAUACAUCCAACACCACCCGGAACAAGAACAACAUCCCCGUAUCUGAAGAGAAAUUACUGUCAUUCUUUCAUCCCAAACCGACACGAGUGGACAAAUCGGACAACAACAACACGAACAAUUCUACGACAAACAACAUCCACAAUAUUCCGACACACGAGCCUUCUAGCAACGCCACAUCUCAUGAAGUACACCCUGGGAGACUACCAAUGACACCCCAAGAGGCGAUCAAGUAUUACGGUUCGAGGCUGACGGAGUUCGAGCGAGCAGAAAUUGAAAAGUACUCGGAAAUUUGGUAUCUGGGUUUGUCUGCCCACAAAAUUCACGGUGAAGAGGGUGCGUCACAAAACGGGGGCUACGACGAUGAAAAUGGCAACUACAACAAGGUCCUUCACGAUCACAUCUCGUACAGAUACGAGAUAUUGGAGGUGAUAGGUAAAGGAAGCUUCGGUCAGGUGAUCAGAGCGUUGGAUCACAAGACGGGACAGUACAUCGCCAUCAAGAUCAUCAGGAACAAAAAGAGAUUCCAUCACCAGGCGCUCAUCGAGGUGAAGAUCUUGGAACACCUCAGGAAGAAAGACUUGGACGCCAACGCGUCUCACAAUGUGAUUCAUAUGCUAGAAUACUUCUACUUCAGGAACCACUUGUGCAUCACUUUCGAGUUAAUGAGUUUGAAUUUGUACGAGCUAAUCAAAAAGAACAACUACCAGGGAUUUAGCCUGAGCCUAAUACGACGAUUCGCUAAUUCGUUAGUCAGCUGCCUACGAUUGUUGUAUCGAGAAAACAUCAUCCAUUGCGAUUUGAAGCCCGAAAAUGUGCUUCUGAAACAGCGGGGAAGCAGCUCGAUUAAGGUCAUAGACUUCGGAUCCUCGUGCUACAGCCACCAACGUGUAUAUACAUACCUUCAGUCCAGGUUUUACCGAAGUCCAGAAGUACUUCUGGGUCUUCCAUACGGAACGCCGAUCGAUAUGUGGAGUUUGGGUUGCAUUCUGGCCGAACUCUACACGGGUUGUCCAUUGUUCCCUGGUGAGGAUGAGAUCGAACAGCUCGCUUGCAUCAUGGAAGUUCUUGGUUUGCCGCCAGAACACAUCAUGAAUCAUGCGUCUCGUCGCAGGCUUUACUUCGACCCGAAGGGAGGACCUCGAUGCGUGACAAAUAGCAAGGGCAAGAAGAGGUGGGUUGGUAGCAAGAAUCUUGCGAUGGUUCUACGCUCCACCGACACACUUUUCAUAGACUUCGUCAGCAGAUGCCUCGAGUGGGAUCCAAAGGAGCGCAUGACUCCCGACGAAGCGAGAUGUCACGAGUGGCUGAACGUAAGCCCCUCUUACGCGACGACGUUCUCGAACUUCAAAUCCAACGCGAACACGACGACCGUGGAGACAUCGUCGCAGUCUGCCCACGCUCAAACGGUGAGCGUGACGGUCAGCGCGUCGCGACAACGGGCGACUACCGUCGAGGAUCCGCCGUACACGAUGCACCGUCUCUAUAGGAGCCGUAAGUACCCCCAGAGGAUCAGCAGGGCCGACAACACCGACAACAACAGCGGUCUCGUGGUCAAGAGCAAACUGAACGGGAGCGCAAGUAGCCAUGCUCUAGCGAGCACCGCUCAAACCACCACCACAAGACACGCUUCGACGGGCGAUAUAGUCGCAAGCCUGGACCCGAAUCUCGACGAUUCAGGUACCUUUUUACCGCCGAUAUUGUGAAGUCGGGUCUGCGCUAGCCACUUCUAGAUGCUAUCGCGCCGUACCGUGUCGCGAUCGAACUCGCUCUCGCGCGUACAACCGAGACACCCGAAGGAAUAGAUCACUCGAACCCACCCCUCCGCCAUUGACGUGUCACCCCCUUGCUCAGAAGAAUCAGAAAGGAUGACUCCGUGAACUGGUCGCACGGUUGAUUUGGUCACGACAAUAAAGCAACAACACGGUCGACCGUGAGCCUAAGACCAAUUUAGCCCAGGCACUGGAAUUCAUCCGAUGAAUCCAGUCACGAUGGUUCGCCUACGUUGUCCCGUGUGCGCGCGCGCAGAGUGAGCGAAGAACACGCUCUGGGAUGCAACAUCGUGGGAUGUAGAAUUGGCUGGCUGUAUCGGCCCGAUCGUUCCCGACGACGCCCAAAAGGCUAAGCAAAAAGUAAACGAAAAAGAAGGAAAAUACGGAAAGAACACAUUGCUAGUCUCGGCAUGCAUCGAGCCAUGAGGCCAAAAUGACGACGAACAGGAAGUCGCAUGUGUCUUGGCGGAAACCGCACGCGCUCGUUUUCGCUCGUUCGUUCCCCGAUGAACGGACAACCGCGAUCCCAAGAUAUAUGUCACUCAGGUAAUCGUAACGACGUGUAUGCACCAAUCGUAGUCGAUCGAAAGUAACGUAGAAAGAGUUUCGUUCCCCUGACAUUCGACCCUUGUCCUCCGAGAAUAGCGAGAAUUACUUAGCUAAAUGCGCUUUGCGAAUCGGUAUCGAGGAGUACAGGACUGUUUGCCCGCGGAUAUAGAACGUAGAACACAGAGAUGGGCAGAAUUUUAUUCGAAUAAUAGAUGACCAGCAGAGACUUUGUACGAUGUCCGAUGGGGAUCUCCUUAACCAUAUACAAUGAACGUGUUUAGACUAACUCCAAGCGAUCUAAAAUCAAAGAUGAUAUCGACAAGUACUAGAUGAGAUCAUUUAUACUCCUAAUAUAUGGAUUCCUUUAGUCUUGUUCAAACUUCAAUCAAACAGUUCACUAAAUUCUCUACAUACGUUUGAGAAAAACAUUUAUUAUUUAAUUAUUUUUCUUAAUAAGAUCAUUUUUAAGUAACUAUCUUUCGUUAAAUACAUCACUACUUUUACUUUAAAAAUUAUUUCUUCUCGUGAAGUAAUUUUUAGAAGCAUUGGUUAAAUUACAUUCAAAAUAAUCUUACUUAACAAUUUCAUGUAACUAUAAUCUGUGAAAUAUUUCGGUAUAUUUUUAUAACCAUCAAGGAUUAAUGGAAACAUCAGAUUUCAAGAAAGUUUAUGUUUGCAUGAUUUUAUGUCUCGUUAUCAAUCUCCAUAUCGCAGGAGUUGAAGUAUAAAUUAACCACGUCAUUGUGUAAAGUUCACGAAUCGGUUGGCAAUGUCGAUUAAACAGUUGUUUAGAUAAGCCGUUAUUCGUUCAAAGUGAAACUCGUUUUUGUCGUAUAACUCUGAUUGUAACUUCCAUUGAACAAAUAACGAAUCGAAAGCUGUUUAUCUUUCAUUUUGAUAAAAGUAAUUAGUUACGUCGAGGGAAAGAAAACUAAUGGCUUUUCGAUUAAACGCGAUGACGCAUUUGGACUGUAGUCUCUCUUUAUUAACAAAGAUCCAAGUAUGUCGCCAAGUUUAUCUUUCAAUCGUUAUUCGAAAUUUUGUAUCUAGAUGAGAAUUUCGCUCAUCUCUGCACGUGGAUAAGCACGUGCGAUCGUCUCCAAUUCGUCGUAAAAAUGAUGCCAAGAAUCUCUGGCGAUAAGCGUUGAACGACGAGGCGUAUCCGAUUCGCAAAUCCACGAUCACGUAUAGAAAAAUGUAACGAAGGAGGUUAGCGAAAGGGUGAAUGUGUUUUUAACAACGAUUCCCGCGCGAACACAAUUUCCCAUCAGCUAGCAUCGAAUUAUUGCGGUUAAACGUCAAGGGAAAACCUGAGUCGUCUCUGAAACCCCGUGGCAAGCAACAGGGUCGUGAUUAAUAAUGAAACGUCAAGGCAACCCGGGUGGUAUAGCUCGAAAAGAAAAAAAAAAAUAAA